CCAGACUCUAAAUCAACCACUCAUCCAAACCUACACUCAUCCACAAACACUGAAACAAGUCUAAUAGAACCUCCUCCUUCUCUGACAAGACCUCUUCAAUGGCAGCAACAAGGCCUCUCCUCCUGCAGCUUCCAACCCAUAACACAAACUCACAUGUCUCCUACUCCAUUCCUCAACCCUUCACCCUUCCAAACCUGAUCAAGUUCUGUGGCCACCACGCAUCACUCAAACAACAUAGAAUCUCCAGCCUAACCUCCCCCUUAAUUAUCCCUCCAAGAGCUUCAUCUUCUUCACCUGACAAGGGAUUAGUUCCAUCUACUGAUGAAGAUGAAGAUGGUGUUUCUUUGGGGACCAUGAAACUUCCACCAGAUGUUGACAUUGCUAGGUUUGAAACCUUGCUCUUUCAGUGGGCUAAUAGUUUAUGCCAGGGAGCUAAUCUGCCAUUGCCUGUACCAUUGAAGGUGGACAAAAUAGAAGGAGGAGCAAGACUAGGGUUCAUAGAUGUUGAUGAUGGAAAGACAGAGGUGAGAGUAUACAUAGAUUGCUUGGUCUUUGCAGCAACAGAGAACUCUGGUCCUCUGUUCAGGGCCAUAAGAAAUGGACCCUUCAAGCAACAAGCACCCCCUGGCGAGCCAAGAAUAAUGAGAAGCCUUCUACAAGCCCUACAAAAAUCUAUUGAGAUUGCCCAACUUUGAUUGGAUUGGCUCUUUCCUUUUCUAUGCUCGUUUUAACUAAUAUGCUUUUUUUUUAUUAUCAAUUUUUAUUUCUCCCUAAAUACUCCUUUUUUUUUUUUAAUUUUUUUUCUCCCCAUUAUUUUUUAUAGUGAAUUUUAUACAUGAUCAAACAACUGUUUGGAUUUGGAAUGUAGUGAACAUUCAUAAGGUAAGGUAAGGUAAGGGAACGUAAAGGUUGAACUUAUAUCUUGUUUGAGACAAGAGUAAAUUAAAUGAAUGUUAUGUACCUUUUUGUA